GGGAAUGCAUUUCUACCACAGUCAAUACACAGACCCCGCCAUGUUGAUCUGAGCUGCAGAUGCACACAUCUGUGUGUGUGCAUGUGUCUUGUCGUUUUACUCACCCGUCUCGGCUCUGGCACACAUUCACAGUGGCUCUAUGAAAAUAACCGAACAAGGUGUUGGAAGGGGGGCUGCCGUAGCGCCAAAAUACCCGAAGAUACAAACAGAAUACAAAUCUCAGACGGACCAUUCUUCUUUUUCAGCAUGUCCACUGAGGACGGAGUGCUCUCCACCACUGAACGGAUGAUAAACUCUGUGCCACUUCCACCAACGCACCGCCUGGCGUCUGCAGAAGUCUUCGAUGCUGAUGGCAAACCCAGGGUGGACAUUUUGAAAAAUCACUUAAUUAAAGAAGGACGGGUAGAUGAAGAAAUUGCACUUCGAAUUAUUAACGAAGGCGCUGAGAUCCUGCAAAGGGAGAAAACUAUGAUAGAAGUAGAAGCACCGAUCACAGUGUGUGGUGAUAUUCAUGGUCAGUUCUUUGACUUAAUGAAACUGUUUGAAGUGGGAGGAUCUCCGGCCAACACCAGAUAUCUCUUCCUUGGUGACUAUGUAGACCGAGGCUACUUCAGUAUAGAGUGCGUGUUGUAUUUGUGGGUGCUGAAGAUCCUAUAUCCUACCACGCUGUUCCUGUUAAGAGGCAAUCACGAGUGCAGGCACCUCACAGAGUAUUUUACGUUUAAACAAGAAUGUAAAAUCAAGUAUUCUGAAAGGCUCUAUGAUGCAUGCAUGGAUGCCUUUGACUGCCUUCCUCUUGCUGCACUGCUGAAUCGUCAGUUUCUCUGUGUUCAUGGUGGCCUUUCACCAGAAAUUCAAACUUUAGAUGACAUUAGAAGAUUAGAUAGGUUCAAAGAACCUCCUGCAUUUGGGCCAAUGUGUGAUCUGUUGUGGUCAGAUCCCUGUGAAGACUUUGGAAAUGAGAAGUCACCAGAACACUUCAUCCACAAUACUGUGCGCGGAUGUUCUUAUUGCUAUAGCUAUCCUGCAGUUUGUGAUUUUUUGCAAACCAAUAAUUUGUUAUCGGUUAUUAGAGCACACGAAGCUCAGGAUGCAGGCUACAGAAUGUACAGAAAGAGUCAAACUACAGGUUUCCCAUCAUUGAUUACAAUUUUUUCUGCACCCAACUAUUUAGACGUGUACAAUAACAAAGCUGCUGUAUUGAAAUAUGAAAAAAACGUGAUGAACAUUCGGCAGUUCAACUGUUGUCCACAUCCAUACUGGCUGCCUAAUUUUGUGGAUGUAUUUACGUGGUCACUUCCAUUUGUUGGAGAAAAGGUUACAGAGAUGCUGGUGAAUGUGCUAAGCAUCUGUUCAGACGAUGAAUUAACAACAGAGGGAGAAGAUCAAUUAGACGUAGGUAAAGCCGCAGCCAGAAAAGAAAUCAUCAGAAAUAAGAUCCGAGCGAUCGGCAAGAUGGCCCGAGCCUUCUCUGUUCUCAGAGAGGAGAGCGAGAGCGUGCUGACUCUGAAAGGGUUAACUCCGACGGGGAUGUUGCCGAGAGGAGUGCUGGCGGGAGGACGGCAGACCCUGGAGAGUGCCACAGUUGAGGCAGUAGAGGCUGAAGCAAUCCAAGGAUUCUCACCACAGCAUAAUAUCUGCAGUUUUGAAGAGGCAAAAGGCUUAGACAGGAUCAACGAGAGAAUGCCCCCGCGGAGAGGUGCUCUGCAGCAUGAUGAUGGUGUUAAUUUGGUACACACGCCAAAUGACAAUAACAUCGGGACAGGCAACAACCAUGCUCAGUGAUUUACCCCAUCCCCAAGCCCCCACCCCUUUUACCUGAGAUUUUCCUAGAUUACUGCUCCUCAAGGGGCUUUAGCUAAAAAGCCAUGGAAUGUAAUACUGUCAACUGUAAAGCAUGGUUUGGCGAACUACAGCAAUGCAAGCCAUCAUGCUAUUGUACCAGCAACCACACUGGGAGUGAUGAUAGAUAUUUGUGAGCAUGCUGUGGACUUUUUUGGGAGAUGGGAGGGGGAGGGGGAGGGGGUUGGGUGUGGUCUCUCUUAAUCAGGUAGCAUCCCAUGCUCACUAAUGUGGGCAUAAUGUUUACAAGCAGUGUAUAGUACACUAGUUUAAAGUGUAUUUUCUAAUACAUUUUCAAAACAUAACCCUAUUUGCUAAGUGCUAAACAUUAAUAUAAUUAUUAUUGAAUUUUGUUUUUGGUUUAUGAAAUGUCUUCAAAGGGAAAAAAAAUGCUACUAAAUGCAUUUAUUAGAAUGGUCUUAACUAUAUAAAAUGCUGCAAAGAUGUAUUUUAAAUAUAUAAAAUGCCAAAAAAAAACUAAUAAAAAGAACCUCAGCUGUUAGUUUGCAACAUGCUGACCUCAGAUGUAUGCCCUCUAAUUGUGCAUUAUACUUUUGAGGCUUAAUGAGAUGUUUUAUAUGGGAAUGUUAAUUACUUGAACAUGAAUUGAAAGCUUUGCCAUGGUUCAAAAAGUGACCAAGACAACCAUUGUUUUUCAUGUAAUCUGUACAUUCUGCUCAAACUUACCUGCAUGCAAUCAUUCAAGAGUUUCCAAAUGUAUGUUCUGCAAUCUACCAACACCCUUUGUGUGGAGUUAUAUCACUAUGCAGGUGCAAUUUCAGUGUAGGGAUAAAGCAUAGCACAUUCUGGAAAACUGUUCCACAUUUCAUUUUCUGACAUUUGUAUUAGUCAUGUAUCACUUAAAAAAAUAAAACUUAACCUACAGCUAUCUACACUGCAUAGCUUCGCUGAGUUCUGCGGGACGUGGUCCAGGGAAACUUCUAUUCUAACGCUCAAGCUCACACUCAGGCUGUGGGUUGUGAAGACUGAAGCUGGAACCCAGUCAUUUUUUGCCAUAAGUCUAGUUUCAUUUAAGCAACAGUUAUUUAUCAUUUUUUUCUUAAUUCAGCCAAGACAGGCUAAUUUAAUCUAGCUGUUAUAAUGUGGCACAUCUGUCCAGCUUUCUUUUCUUAUUGGCUUUCUUUUUUCAAGAAAAUCAUUACAUUUACUUGUUUGUCUUGGUGUGCUUUUUGAAUUAGAUUAUGUAUGUCUUGCUUUUGCUGUCCCUGGGUCCUCUUUGAAAAAACAAGAUGUUACAUGUGGCUUUUGGCAAUAUGGAAAGUUUUAAAUAAAUAUAACAUCAAUCUUAAAAUAAUGUAAUUUAAAUAAAAAAGGGUACUAUUAAAUAUUGUACAUGAAAGGUUAUUUAAAUUUACAGGAGCUUAAUUCUGUGUAUGCAUGUGUUCAUAUAUUUAAGCCUAUGGGAUGUCCAGCUGGCCCACAAAAAAUGUUGUGUUGAUACUAUUGUUACUUUGUUAUCAACAUUAAAGCUGCUUUGAUUACUAAUGUUCUGGGUUUAAAAGUCCUGGAAAAACUCGAUUCAAACUGUAAAACAAUUAAAAAAAUGUAAAACUCAAGUCUGCAUGUUAAAAAUCUGCUUGGAUAAAUGGAAAUCCUGUUAAAUGUGUACUGUGUCAUCACUUCAUUGUAUUACCAUUUUAAACGUUUUACUAUCCAAUUUUUUUUUUUUUUCUCGUGCCCUGGUACACAACUUGAACCAGUUUUACGUCACUAAAAUUCAUGUCUCUUGUUUUUGCCAUGAAGCACAACAUGUACAUGGGGCAGCAGUGUGGAGUAGUGGUUAGGGCUCUGGACUCUUGACCGGAGGGUCGUGGGUUCAAUCCCAGGUGGGGGACACUGCUGCUGUACCCUUGAGCAAGGUACUUUACCUAGAUUGCUCCAGUAAAAACCCAACUGUAUAAAUGGGGAAUUGUAUGUAAAAAAAUAAUGUGAUAUCUUGUAACAAUUGUAAGUCGCCCUGGAUAAGGGCGUCUGCUAAGAAAUAAAUAAUAAUAAUAUUAUUGUCUAAAUCCAGCGUUUCAUGCAUGUUCUGAACUACUCAAGUAUUUUAUAAAAACAGUAGCACACAAUAAAUGUUGUGCAUGAGCUGCUGCUUCA